UCUCCCGUCUGCCGUCUCCCCUCCCCGUGCUCAGCUCAGCUCCAGCUAUCCCAGCUCCACGCCCCUACCUCUUCGCACGUCCGCCGCGGCUUCUCGGGUUGACGACGCCGGCCGCGUCACGAGCGCUGAGUCCGCCCCACAAGAUACCGGACAACUCGAGAAGAAAGCAUCGCCGACGACGAUCGCUAGCGGCCAGGCAAGAUUGAUUCGCACGAGCGCCUCGAGGAGCAGCCCAUGAUGCACGGGAAUGGGCACGGCCGCGUCCACCCGUUGGCGUCCAGCUCCGACUUCUCCGGCGAGAUGAACCAGUCCGUGUCCGCGCCGUCCUCCGACCCCUCCUCCAGCCCGCUCUACAGCUUCCACUUCGAGAAGCCCGUCCCGCAGCAGCCGCCGCCGGCACAGACCGGCACGUACGUGGUGCAGGUGCCCAAGGACAAGGUCUUCCGCGUCCCGCCGCCCGAGAACGCGCGCCUCUUCGAGCACUACACCCGCCGCGCCAAGCGCCGCAGCCGCUGCUCCUGCGUCCGCGUCUGCACCUGCCUGCUCGCCGCGACCGUCGCGCUCGCCGUCCUCCUCGCCGCGGCCGCCGGCGUCGUGUACCUGGUCUUCAGGCCCAGGCGGCCGUCGUACACCGUCCGGGCGCUCGCCGUGUCCGGCCUCGCCGGCGUGGGCAACGCCUCCGCGGCGCCGGCCGCGUUCUCGCCGGGGUUCGACGCGACCGUGCGCGCCGACAACCCCAACGGCAAGAUCGGCGUGCACUACGAGGGCGGCAGGAGCCGAGUCUCCGUGUCGUACGACGGCGUGCCCCUGGCCGACGGCGCGUGGCCGGCAUUCUACCAGGGGCCGCGUAACGUGACGGUGUUCGUGGCGAAGGCCAAGGGGUCCGGGAUACGGUUCUUGCAGGGCGUGCGCGGGCAGAUGGCCGCGGCGGAGCUGCUCCGGUCGGUGCCGUUCGACGUGGACGUCGAGGUGCCCGUGCGGCUGCAGCUCGGCGGGGUCAGGACGUGGGCCGUGCCGGGGCGGGCGCGCUGCACCGUGGCGGUCGACAGGCUCGCCGCCGACGCCAAGGUGGUGUCCAGCUCGUGCGACGUCAAGGUGCGCUUCCUGUCCUGGAGGAACUGAACUGAGCAAACAGAGCAAGUAACAAGUGGCUUUGCCAUCUCUGCAUUAGAAGAGCAUUUCUGGCCUGUACCGGGAUACAUUUUGGUCCUCGUUUGUAAAGUUGGUUUGCUCGAGUAAUACGGAUCAUAAUAUCAAUAUCGUGCAUUCUGAGAAAUUGACUG